GUCGUCCAGCUGAACUACAGCUAUCACCAUCCAAGUCAGACCCAUCUUUACUGGAGUCGAAUGAAGCUGAAAAGAGAGAUAUUCGGCCAAGUUCUCUAGUGCAGAACAGGCCACGGAUACGUAGGUGAGUAUUACUCACAAUUCGUGACAAAUAAGGACAUUGACUGCCCUUGUGGAGAGAUGUUUCAGACACGGGAGCACAUUCUGCGUGAAUGCCCCCUCUACAAAGAGCAACGGGGACCCUUCGGAACGUGUCAAGGACCAUGUACCUACCGGACAUCCUCGGCACCAAGGAAGAAAUCACAGCACUGAGCAAGUUUAUGGAAAACACGGGAGCAUUCACCCGGAUGGGACAACUACGAAACGAGAGGCUCGCCCCAGAGCCAGAAGAAGAGGGAGUGGUGGGAAGAAGACGAGGGUGACACAGAAGACGAGCAUGGAUAGCCGCUGCGCACCCACCACACCAUGGAACACGACCAACCCAGCCGGCACCCAAGACACGCUCGCAAAGCACCUCAUGGCUUCAGCCAACCGCAGAAUCAAACUAAUCAACUAGCCCACCAU